CCUCGGCUCUGGGCCGUCUCCCGGUCUCUGUGUCGUCGGCACCAUGGGCUUCGCCAGGCAGAUACAGCUCUUGCUCUGGAAGAACUGGACCCUGCGGAAGAGGCAAAAGAUUCGCUUUGUGGUGGAACUUGUGUGGCCUUUAUCCUUAUUUCUGGUCUUGAUCUGGUUAAGGAACGCCAACCCUCUCUACAGCCAACACGAAUGCCAUUUUCCCAAUAAAGCGAUGCCCUCGGCAGGACUGUUGCCGUGGCUCCAGGGGAUUUUCUGCAAUGUGAACAAUCCUUGUUUUCAGAGCCCCACCCCGGGAGAAUCUCCUGGAACCGUGUCCAACUACAACAACUCCAUCUUGGCAAGGGUGUAUCGAGAUUUUCAAGACCUCCUCAGGGACGCACCGGAGAGCCAGCAACUUGGCCGUGUUUGGACAGAGCUCCGCACCUUUUUCCAACUCCUGGAAACUCUGAGGACUCACCCGGAGAGAACUGCAGGAAGAGGAAUACGAGUUCGGGAGAUCCUGAAAGACGAAGAGAUCCUGGUGCUAUUUCUCAAGAGAAACAUUGGCCUGUCUGACUCGGUGGUCCACCUUCUGGUCAAUUCCCAAGUCCGCCCGGAGCAGUUUGCUCAUGGAGUCCCGGACCUGGCGCUGAAGGACAUCGCCUGCAGCGAGGCCCUCCUGGACCGCUUCCUCAUCUUCAGCCAGCGACGUGGGGCGCAGACCGUGCGUGGUGCCCUGUGCUCCCUCUCCCAGGGCACCCUGCAGUGGAUGGAGGACACCCUCUAUGCCAACGUGGACUUCUUCAAGCUCUUCCGCGUGCUUCCCACAGUCCUAGACAGCAGAUCUCAAGGUAUCGAUCUGAGAUCCUGGGGAAGAAUAUUAUCAGACAUGUCACCGAGAAUUCAAGAAUUCGCCCAUCGGCCGAGUGUUCAGGACUUGCUGUGGGUGACCAGACCUCUGCUGCAGGACGGCAGCCCGGAGAGCUUCCCACGGCUGAUGGGCGCGCUGUCCGACCUGCUGUGUGGCUACCCGGAGGGAGGAGGCUCGCGGGUGUUCUCCUUCAACUGGUAUGAAGACAAUAACUAUAAGGCCUUCCUGGGGAUCGACUCCACGAGGAAAGACCCUGUCUAUUCUUACGACAAGAGAACAACACCCUUUUGUAACGCGUUGAUCCAGAACCUGGAGUCCAGCCCUCUAACCAAAAUAGCCUGGAGGGCCGCAAAGCCUCUGCUGAUGGGAAAAAUCCUCUUUACUCCCAAUUCCCCUGCAACACGAAGGAUACUGAAGAAUGCCAACUCGACUUUUGAAGAGCUGGAGCGCCUUAGGAAUCUGGUGAAAGCCUGGGAAGAAAUAGGGCCCCAGAUCUGGUACUUCUUUGACAAGAGCCCACAGAUGCACAUGAUCAGGAAUACCCUGAGGAACCCAGCGGUGAAAGGUUUUCUGGACAGGCAGCUUGGUGAGGAAGGCCUUGCUGUUGAAGCCCUGCUGAACUUCCUGCAUAACGGUCCUCAAGAGAGCCAGGCCGACGACACGGCCAACUUCAACUGGAGGGACCUGUUCAACGUCACUGAUCGCACACUACACCUGGUGCACCAAUACCUGGAGUGCUUGGUCCUGGACAAGUUUGAAAGCUACGACAAUGAAGUUCAGCUCACCCAACGGGCCCUGUCUCUGCUGGAGGAGAACAGGUUCUGGGCUGGCGUGGUGUUCCCGGACAUGUAUCCCUGGACCAGCUCCCUGCCACCCCACAUCAAGUACAAGAUCCGGAUGGACAUUGAUGUGGUGGAGAAAACCAAUAAGAUCAAAGACAGGUACUGGGAUUCUGGCCCCAGGGCUGAUCCUGUGGAAGAUUUGCGGUACAUCUGGGGAGGCUUUGCCUAUCUGCAGGACAUGGUUGAACAGGGAAUCACAAGGAGCCAGGUCCCCGCUGGAGCUCCACUUGGGAUCUACCUGCAGCAGAUGCCUUACCCCUGCUUCGUGGAUGACUCUUUUAUGAUCAUCCUGAACCGCUGUUUCCCUAUCUUCAUGGUGCUGGCAUGGAUUUACUCAGUCUCCAUGACGGUAAAGGGCAUUGUCUUGGAAAAGGAGUUGAGACUGAAGGAGACCUUGAAAAAUCAGGGCGUCUCCAAUGCAGUGAUUUGGUGUACCUGGUUCCUGGACAGCUUCUCCAUCAUGUCAAUGAGCAUCUUCCUCCUGACGCUAUUCAUCAUGCAUGGGAGAAUCCUCCACUACAGCGAUCCGUUCAUCCUGUUCCUGUUCCUGUUGGCUUUCUCCACGGCCACCAUCAUGCAGUGCUUCCUGCUCAGCACCUUCUUCUCCAAAGCCAGCCUGGCAGCAGCCUGCAGCGGCGUCAUCUACUUCACGCUCUACCUGCCCCACAUCCUGUGCUUCGCCUGGCAGGACCGGCUGACUGCCGAGCUGAAGAAGGCUGCGAGCCUGCUGUCUCCUGUAGCCUUUGGGUUUGGCACUGAGUACCUGGUUCGCUUUGAAGAGCAAGGCCUGGGGCUACAGUGGAGCAACAUUGGCAACAGCCCCAUGGAAGGGGAUGAAUUCAGCUUCCUGCUGUCCAUGAAGAUGAUGCUCUUUGAUGCUGCUCUCUACGGCUUGCUUGCCUGGUACCUGGACCAGGUGUUCCCAGGGGACCACGGAACCCCACUUCCUUGGUACUUCCUCCUACAAGAGUCUUACUGGCUCGGUGGUGAAGGGUGUUCAACCAGAGAAGAACGGGCCCUGGAAAAGACUGAGCCCAUAACAGAGGAGAUGGAGGACCCGGAACACCCCGGAGGAACAAACGACUCCUUCUUUGAACGUGAACUCCCGGGGUUGGUUCCUGGGGUAUGUGUGAAGAAUCUGGUGAAGAUUUUUGAGCCCUUUGGCCGGCCGGCCGUGGACCACCUUAACAUUACCUUCUAUGAGAACCAGAUCACCGCCUUCCUUGGUCACAACGGCGCCGGGAAGACCACCACCCUGUCCAUCCUAACGGGUCUGUUGCCGCCGACAGCAGGCACAGUGCUCAUCGGAGGAAAGGACAUUGAAACCAGCCUGGAUGCCAUCCGGCGGAGCCUCGGCAUGUGCCCCCAGCACAACAUCCUCUUCCACCACCUCACGGUGGCAGAGCACAUCCUGUUCUACGCCCAGCUGAAAGGGAGGUCCUGGGAGGAGGCCCAGCUGGAGAUGGAAGCCAUGCUGGAGGACACGGGCCUCCACCACAAGAGGAACGAGGAAGCUCAGGAUCUCUCAGGCGGCAUGCAGAGGAAGCUGUCGGUCGCCAUCGCGUUUGUGGGAGAGGCCAAGGUGGUCGUCCUGGAUGAACCCACCUCGGGGGUGGAUCCCUACUCCAGACGCUCCAUCUGGGACCUGCUCCUGAAGUACCGCCCAGGCAGAACCAUCAUCAUGUCCACUCACCACAUGGACGAGGCUGACCUGCUCGGGGACCGCAUCGCCAUCAUCUCCCAGGGAAGGCUCUACUGCUCGGGCACCCCCCUCUUCCUGAAGAACUGCUUUGGCACGGGCUUCUACUUGACCUUGGUGCGCAAGAUGAGAAACAUCCAGAGCCAAGGAGGAGGCUGUGAGGCGACCUGCAGCUGUGCAUCCAAGUGCAUCUCCAGCAGGUGUCCAGCACGCACUGAUGAGAUGACCUCGGAGCAAGCCUUGGACGGGGAUGUGAACGAGCUGGUGGAUGUGGUUCAACACCACGUUCCAGAGGCCACGCUGGUGGAGUGCAUCGGGCAAGAACUGGUCUUCCUUCUUCCAAACAAGAAUUUCAAGCAGAGAGCGUACGCCAGCCUUUUCCGGGAGCUGGAGGAGACGCUGGCUGACCUGGGGCUCAGCAGUUUUGGAAUUUCUGACACUCCCCUGGAAGAGAUUUUCCUGAAGGUUACGGAAGAUGCUGAUUCGGGCCUGUUUGCUGGUGGCCCUCUGCAGAAAAGUGCGCCCGUCAGCCUGCGUCACCCCUGUUUGGGUCCCAGCGGGAAGGCUGAAGAGUCUGCCCAGGCCACUGCCUCCGAGGGCUCGCCCUCCCCAGAGCCCGAGGGCACAGGCGUCCCGCUCAACACGGGCGUGAGGCUCAUCCUCCAACACGUGCAGGCGCUGCUGAUCAAGCGCUUCCACCACGCCAUCCGCAGCCACAAGGACUUCCUGGCCCAGAUCGUGCUCCCGGCCACGUUUGUGUGUCUGGCUCUGAUGCUUUCCAUCAUCGUGCCUCCUUUUGGUGAAUAUCCCGCCUUGACCCUUCACCCCUGGAUGUAUGGGCAGCAGUACACCUUCUUCAGCAUGGACGAGCCUGGCAACGAGCGCCUCGCCACCCUGGCAGACGUCCUCCUGAACAAGCCGGGCUUUGGCAAUCGCUGCCUGAAGCAAGAGUGGCUUCCGGGGUACCCCUGUGGCAACUCGACCGCCUGGAAGACUCCCUCUGUGUCCCCAAACAUCACCCACCUAUUCCAGCAGCAGAUAUGGACGCCGGACAACCCCUCGCCCUCCUGCAGGUGCAGCACCAGGGAGAAGCUCACCAUGUUGCCCGAGUGCCCCAGGGGCGCCGGGGGACUCCCGCCCCCGCAGAGGACACAGCGCAGCACCGAAAUCCUGCAGGACCUUACAGACAGGAACAUCUCCGACUACCUGGUGAAGACGUACCCUGCUCUCAUAAGAAGCAGCUUAAAGAGCAAAUUCUGGGUCAACGAACAGAGGUACGGAGGAAUUUCCAUCGGAGGGAAGCUCCCAGCCAUCCCCUUCACCGGGAAAGCACUUGUUGCUUUUCUCAACGACCUUGGCCACCUAAUGAACGUGAGCGGGGGCCCUGUCACCAGAAAGGCUACUCAAGAAAUGUCUGAUUUCCUGAAACAUCUGGAAACGGAAGACAACAUUAAGGUGUGGUUCAACAACAAAGGCUGGCACGCCCUGGUCAGCUUUCUGAACGUGGCCCACAACGCCAUCCUCCGGGCCAGCCUGCCCCCGGACAGGAACCCAGAAGAGUAUGGAGUCACCGUCAUAAGCCAGCCGCUGAACCUGACCAAGGAGCAGCUCUCAGAGGUUACAGUGCUGACCACUUCGGUGGAUGCCCUGGUUGCCAUCUGCGUGAUUUUCGCCAUGUCCUUCGUCCCAGCCAGCUUUGUCCUUUAUUUGAUCCAGGAGAGGGUGAGCAAAGCCAAGCACCUGCAGUUUAUCAGCGGCGUGAGCCCCACCACCUACUGGCUGACCAACUUCCUCUGGGACAUUAUGAAUUACGCUGUGAGCGCCGCCCUGGUGGUGGGCAUCUUCAUCGGGUUUCAGAAGAAAGCCUAUACUUCCCCAGAUAAUCUUCCUGCCCUUGUUGCGCUACUCAUGCUGUACGGGUGGGCAGUCAUUCCCAUGAUGUACCCGGCGUCUUUCCUCUUUGAUGUCCCCAGCACAGCUUACGUGGCUUUGUCCUGUGCGAAUCUGUUCAUCGGCAUCAACAGCAGUGCCAUCACCUUCAUUCUGGAACUAUUUGAGAAUAACCGGACGCUGCUCAGAUUCAACGCCUUGCUGAGGAAGCUGCUCAUCAUCUUCCCCCACUUCUGCCUGGGCCGGGGCCUCAUUGACCUGGCACUGAGCCAGGCUGUGACGGACGUCUAUGCCCGGUUUGGGGAGGAGCACUCUGCGAAUCCGUUCCAGUGGGACCUGCUUGGGAAGAACCUGGUUGCCAUGGCAGUAGAAGGGGUCGUGUACUUCCUCCUGACACUCCUCAUCCAGCACCACUUCUUCCUCACCCGCUGGAUUGCUGAGCCUGCUAAGGAGCCCAUUGUCGAUGAAGAUGAUGAUGUGGCUGAAGAAAGACAAAGAAUCAUUAGCGGGGGAAAUAAAACCGAUAUCUUAAAGUUAAAUGAGCUAACCAAGAUUUACUCAGGCACCUCGAGCCCGGCAGUGGACAGGCUGUGUGUCGGAGUCCGCCCUGGAGAGUGCUUUGGCCUCUUGGGAGUAAAUGGUGCUGGUAAAACAACCACCUUCAAGAUGCUCACAGGGGACACUACGGUGACCUCGGGUGAUGCCACGGUAGCAGGCAAGAGUAUUUUAACCAACAUUUCAGACGUCCACCAAAGUAUGGGCUACUGUCCGCAGUUUGAUGCGAUUGAUGACCUGCUCACGGGGCGAGAACACCUUUACCUUUAUGCCCGACUUCGAGGGGUACCAGCCAAGGAAAUCGGGAAGGUUGCAAACUGGUGUAUUCAAAGCCUGGGCCUGUCCCUCUACGUGGACCGCCUGGCUGGCACAUACAGCGGGGGCAACAAGCGGAAGCUCUCCACAGCCAUCGCACUCAUUGGCUGCCCGCCGCUGGUGCUGCUGGAUGAGCCCACCACAGGGAUGGACCCCCAGGCACGCCGCAUGCUGUGGAACACCAUUGUGAGCAUCAUCAGAGAAGGAAGAGCUGUGGUCCUCACAUCCCACAGCAUGGAAGAGUGUGAGGCACUGUGUACCCGGCUGGCCAUCAUGGUGAAGGGCACCUUUCAGUGUCUGGGCACCAUUCAGCACCUCAAGUACAAGUUUGGAGAUGGCUACAUUGUCACAAUGAAAAUCAGAUCCCCGAAGGAUGACGUGCUUCCUGACCUGAAUCCCGUGGAGCAGUUCUUCCAGGGGAACUUCCCAGGCAGUGUGCAGAGGGAGAGGCACUACAACAUGCUCCAGUACCAGGUCUCCUCCUCCUCCCUGGCCAGGAUCUUCCAGCUGCUCAUCUCCCACAAGGACAGCCUGUUCAUUGAGGAGUACUCGGUCACUCAGACCACGCUGGACCAGGUAUUUGUGAACUUUGCUAAGCAGCAGACUGAAACUCAUGACCUUCCUUUGCAUCCUCGUGCUGCCGGAGCCAACCAACAAGUCAAGGUCUGAUCUCCUUCCACACGGAGCACUCCCAGCAGCUAGAAAGGAACUCUGAGCAGCUGGAGGGGCAGGAGCCCUUGCCCGAUGGUCAUCCAAACAGCUGGCCAGCAAAAAUGAUCUACUGCAGCCAAAACAACACACAUGGAGCUUACAACAAACUCAAAAUGAGGCUCUUCAAGAAGGAAACACAAACUGACUCGUUCACCUGGAACACGUAAUGGUGGAACUGACUCAGCCAAACAAAUUGGAAACCCUUUCCAUCCAGGUGAUAGAAGCAGGAACACCAGUGCUUCCUACUAGUGACCUUGGUCUCAGUAUUGCUGUCAUUUCAAGUGGAUCUGCUUUUGUGUGUGUGUGUGUGUGUGUGUUAUUUUCAAGGAAAAAUAAAAUGCAAAUGCACUCAUCAUGAACAACCCUAUUCACUCAUUUCCCUGGUAUGAACCAUCUGGUAUAACUGUAGAUAUUUUCUGUUGAGUGUGUGUAGCUCCAUGUCAUUGCCAAAGGCUACUGUGUAAGU